AUGGGCGUUGCAAGGCGGCAUCGUGAGGUAGCAUCGGCAAGCAACAUGGGCUAUGAUAUAGAGCGCUUUGUUGGCUAUGUGAAUGAGGGACUUCUGUGCUGCAUUUGUCAAGAUGUGCUGGAAAACCCACUUCAGGCACCUUGUGAACAUGCCUUCUGCAGUACCUGCAUCCACGGCUGGUUGGUGCAUCACCAUAACUGUCCUGAAGACAGACAAUCACUUGAUGUUUCAGCAUUGCAGCCUUUAUUCAGGUAUAUGAAGAAUGACUUGAAUCAACUGCAGAUCCGAUGCAUAAACAGAGAACAUGGAUGUAAUAUGGUUUGUUCAUUUGAAUCUAUAGAUCUGCAUGAGCGGGAGUGUGAAUAUAGAUGGAUUCCAUGCAUCAAUGCCC